AUGAAUUUUCUGGUAUAUUUUCUGGUGAUUAUUGGCAUCGUUGAAGUGUCCUCGGCGGCUCCGCGUGUUGAUACUGAAACGCAAUGUAUGGAUGUGCUGAAGUUGGCUGGUACUUCGGAUUGGUUUGGGGUGAAUGUCGGGCAUGCAAUCCACUCGAUGAGCGUCCGCAUUCUGCAACGUUUCGAGCCGACGACGAACGAGAACAACUCGGUGCCGACGAUCAACAUGGACUCGUUCGCCGAUCCGGCCAUUCUGCCCAAUGCGCCCGAUCGGCGUGGGCCCAGCGAUGCGAUGUAUUUGACGGAUGGGAUGAAGACGUUGGACGAGGUGCUCUCUCACAUGAACGAAAAGGGUUGGGACAUCAAAUACUUCUCUCCACUGGAGCGAGUCGUUCACGCAUUUCACAUGGAAGAAGCAUGGGCGAUGGUGCUGAAAGAGUACGAAAUGGUCAAGCAGAAUCCACCCUCGUCAACCGUUUGCUCGUGUGCUCGCGAUGUCGAGAAUAACGGUGUGCUGAAGAUGCUCCGCUUCACCGCGAUCGCCAUUCGUGACGGCCCAUUGGUUUAUGGGAACAAGUUGUCCUCGUAUAGCAAGCCGUGGGAGUAUUACGUCAAGUACACUUAUCACAUGAAACCGCAGAAAGAGGAAAAGGUUUACAAAAAAGACGAGAACUGGAUUAGUUUGGAUCAAUUGCUGAUGACGGAAAAGAAAUCGAUGCCACCACUUAAGGAUGCGCAGUCGUGGGAACAGUGGAAAGACAUUGGAGAGAUGAAAAUGGCCGAGCACUUUGAUACAGCUCUUUUCUUGUAUUGCUCGUUGAAUAAAAUC